AUGACCAGGAACAGGAAGUGCUCUCGCACUGCAGCCUCCCUUGCCCUGCUCUGCCUCGCGCUGGCGGCACACGGUGUGGCAGCUGCCAGGACCGUGCCUGCUGCAGCUGGCGUCGCGGCGCAGGCCUCGCUUCCGGCCGCCACAGAGAGCGGAGCCGGUGCAGGAGGAGUGGGCGCAGCGGACGCGAAGAACCUGUUCGUGGGCAUGGGAGGCAUGGGGAGCCUGCCGGGCCUCCCGGCCGUCGGCGGUGGCUACGGCGGGGGCUUCGGCAACAACGGAGCCGGCGUCUCCACCGGUAUCACGGGCCCGCUCGGCGGCGUCUUGGGUGGCGUGCGGAGUGUCAGUUUCCUGGGCAGCGUCGGGGGUGCCGGCGGUAUCCCGUUCGGAGGCUUCCGCGGGGGCGGUGCCCCGUUUGGCGGGCUCGGAGGCGUGUACGGCGGCGGAGGCACCGGCGGUGCCACGCCUUGAGUACGCCGUUGUGGCCGAGCUAGCUAGGGCACUCUGGGCCAUGCAUACAUGUACGUGACCAUCCUCGGCAGUGGUCUAUGGUGGAUCGCGCUAGCUUUGCCUGCGUAGCUGCGUGUACCUAGGUAUUUCCAAAUGAAUGGCGCAACAUAUAUGCGCAGUAGUACUUAGUCUCCAGGUGUGUGUGCGAGCUGCUGGAGGAGUACAGUGGGAGACGUUGGAGUUUGUCCGUAGCUAAAAGUCAGUGUUUGUGAUGGUUGUGUUUGUGUUUGAUUGGUCGUGUGAAGUUGUAUCUAGGAGUAAC